CUGAAAAACAGAGUCAGUGAGUGUGCGUAUGUGUGUGUCAGACUGUGUGAGAGAUAACCAGAGUUGGUAUCAGGAUGCCUGCGUACGCCACCAACAUGAGGCUGAAGUUCCCCAUUGUGGCCUUGGCUUUGGAGAUUAUCACCAUCAUACUGUUUGCAGUGUUUGUGGUCUACGAUGAUGGCAAAGGUCACGGGCACGCCACGCACUCCAAUGAGACUCACCACGAAAAAACAGAGCCUCUGGAUCUCUACCCCAUGUUUCAGGAUGUCCACGUCAUGAUCUUCAUCGGCUUCGGGUUCCUGAUGACCUUUCUCAAGAGAUACGGGUUCAGCAGCGUGGGCAUCAACUUACUCCUGGCUGCCUUCGGCCUGCAGUGGGGCAUUCUCAUGCAGGGCAUCUGGCACCUGGAUGACGGCAAGAUCAAAAUCAACAUUAACAAGAUGAUCAAUGCAGACUUCAGCACUGCUACAGUCCUGAUCUCGUUUGGAGCCGUUCUGGGUAAAACCAGCCCUGUGCAGCUCCUCAUCAUGACCAUACUGGAGAUCACCAUCUUCUCCAUCAAUGAGCAUCUGGUGGCUACAGUUCUAAAAGCUAAUGAUGUUGGAGCGUCCAUGACCAUCCAUGCUUAUGGUGCCUACUUCGGCCUGACAGUGGCUCGAGUACUUUACCGACCGGGUUUAAGAAACGGACAUGAGAACGACGGAUCAGUUUAUCACUCUGAUAUGUUUGCCAUGAUUGGAACUGUCUUCCUGUGGAUGUUCUGGCCCAGUUUUAACUCAGCCAUCGCUGACCCUGGCUUUCCUCAGCUCACCGCGGUGAUCAACACCUACCUCUCCCUGGCUGCCUGCGUGCUCUCUGCCUACGCCAUCUCCAGCCUCGUGGAGCACAAAGGAAAACUGGACAUGGUGCACAUUCAGAACGCCACCUUGGCUGGCGGAGUUGCCGUGGGAACGUGCGCCGACAUGAACAUCGAGCCAUUUGGGGCCAUGCUUAUUGGAUUAGUGGCUGGCAUCAUCUCUACCCUUGGCUUCAAGUACCUAACUCCCCUCCUGGCAUCCAAACUGGGCAUCCAGGACACCUGCGGUGUCCACAAUCUGCAUGGCAUGCCUGGCAUCCUGGGCGGGUUGGCUGGUAUUGUGGCCAUGGCUUUGAAGAAGAAAGAGGAAGGUAGCGCUGCCAUGCAAGCUGCCGCCUUGGCUUCAUCCCUCGGGUUCGCUUUGGUUGGAGGUGCUGUUACAGGUUUAAUAAUGAAGCUGCCGAUCUGGGGACAGCCUCCGGACCAGAACUGCUUCGAUGACUCUAUUUACUGGGAGGUUCCCGAGGAGGAGGAGGAGAAUGAGGAGAGCUUGGCUCAUGCUGAUCACUCAAAGAACAAAGCAGAGGCUUAAAUAUCUGCCCCUCAUCCACUGAGCUCAAACUUAAGAAGGAUUGUUGACCAGCUACAUGAUGACCACAGAUAUCAAUUUGUCAGUUAUAGUAAUAUGAUUUAAAUAAACACUAGAUGAUUUACUCUACUCAUCAACACACAAAUUUUAGACAAUUUGGAAUCUGUUUUUGUGACCAAAGAUGCCCUUCACGCAGGGUAUUUUUCAUCACAGUACACUUAAAAUUUGUUAUUAGGAAGGGCAGGCGAAACAUUCACACAAUUCAGACUCUAAAACAUACAUGAGUGAUUUUAUUCUGACAGUUGAUAACAUGAAGAUUAAUCCCAUUUACACUAAGAAAGAAGCUUUUUAAGACUUUGAAAACACAACAUCAACCUUCAGGGAUUUUUUUUUACACUGACUUUUGAUUAAUUAUCUACAACAUUAAUGGGCCACAGCAGUGAGUAGUUUCACUGCUGACACACAACUACUUCUAUAAGCUUUUCUUUAUGUUAUUUUAGAUUAUUAAAAAAAAAAGCAUGUUUUAAGAUAUUAGCAUUGUGUGUAUUUUUCUUCAUACAUUCUUUUAUAUUUCCAUACACUUUGCAUAAGUAUUUCUACUGAGGCUUAGGUCAAAGAGAGGAGUUAAACUUAGCUUUGAUCUGCUGCUUCGUGUUACCUCACUGGAGCCCCGUCCUUCACUUUGCAAGGAGUCAGAAUCGGACUGUGUGAAACCAGCAGCGUGGCUCUGACAUGGGCAGGGAUAGUCGCAUGAUAUUCUUGUAACUAAUUAACCUUUGCGUGUCUUACCUUCUGUCACUUCCAAGAUUGUUUCUGUCUACCUGAGGGCAGCCGUACAACUUCUUUGAACGCGAUGAGGAUUGCAUACAGAGCUGGUGCAUUUAGCAUUAGAUUGGCUGUCAGUGGGCAAGCUGAAGUGGAUGGGGUUUUUUUCUUUUAACUAUUUACAUCAAAUGUAUUCUUACAUGUACAUACAGUUUAGUUCUUAGAAGGAUCGACGGCGUCAGUUUCAUCGAGGUCCUGCAAUGUCAAAAAGAGCACCUGGUACUGAACAUAUUUCAGAUUUUUUUUUUUAAACCCAUUUUGACCCGAAUAUUACAGUAUUAUACACUUUUAUGCAUCAGUUGGUCUAGUUUCAGUCUUUUUCUUUUCUCUGUAGGUGAGGGACUGCUGGAUUCUUUUUCAUUCUGAGUUUUUUUUUGUCUUCUCAAACAAAGUGCAUGGUGCAGGAGGACAGGUUUUUAGUGCGUUAAACAUCAAAACAUAGGCCUGCAGGGCUAGAUGAAACUGACUACACACGGAGUUACUCAAUAUUUUUGGUUUAUCAAAUGAUUUAUGAUGCCCAGAACACUGAAAUGCGUCAAGAUUUUGUAUUUUUAUACAGCGGGAAUACGCUCUUAUUUGUAUAAUAUACUAAUACUGUCAUAAUAAAUAUGUUUUUG